AAGCUCACAUUAAAAUUUAAUAAACUUUUAUAUUAAAAUUACUCAAAAGUAUAAAUAAAAUAAUUAGUUGCAAUAUUAUGAAAGAAUAACCUUAAAUACCUGCCAGAAAUCAUUAUCUCCCUAAUUGAAGCAACAUUUCCUGCACUUCCUCACAUAAACAAUAAGUUAACCUCAAAACUAAGAAAUGGAGAACAUCAAGGAGUCUAUUGCUGAAAUGAUGGGCCAGCUGAACGUGCGAAUGGCCAGCUUCGAAGCACAAAUGAACAAGGCUCCUGCAUCUCCCUCAGCUACUGGACUGGCAACUGAGUUUGCAGCCUUCAGGAGCUUCACGGUGUCUGCAUUCAACAUGCUCCAGAAGCAGGUCGAAAUGCUGGCAAGGGGCAUGGAUCACUUGGACAUGCGCAGCCGCCGGAAGAUCUUGCUUGUCCAUGGGAUUCCGGAGGCCAAGAAGGAGGAUGUAGCGAGCACAGCUGUCCGGGUGAUUGCACAGCACGUCGCGGGUCCUGAGCUCUUCUGCACAGACGACAUUGCUCGCAGCCACAGGAUGGGACGCAUAGGUGACAAGCCGAGGCCCAUUCUUGUAAAAUUCAAGGAUCUGGCACUGCGAAACAACGUGUGGUUCGCGAAGGCGAAGUUGAAGGGCAGUGGAGUCACGCUAUCAGAGUUCCUGACCAAGCCGCGCCACGAAGCUUUCAUGCAGGCUCGGCAGCGGGUCGGCGUGAAGCAGUGCUGGACGCGGGACGGCUGCGUGGUGGUGCUGGGCGCUGACGGGAAGCAGCAUCGCAUCGUGUCGCUCGCCGAGCUGGACCAGGUGUGUCCGCCGGCGAGCCUGAACUCCGGUGUGGUGGCACCAAAGGCCAGCGGCAGCAAAGCGCCGGAUGCCUCAUCGAGCUCUGGCAGAGCGAAGCGUACGGUCUCGAAAAAGUAGCGUAUGUUAGGUCCAUUUUUCUUUGUCGCCUUGCUGCUCUUCGAAACGAUUUGCGUACCCUACAUUUCCGUUUUUAUUUUAUUUAAUUAAGUAAUUUAGAUUCAGUUUCGCUUCAAAUUUGUUUUUCUUAAACGUCACGUCCACAGAGUACGUAAUGUCACGUCAGUCAGUAGCAUUAAAAUUUUUGACAGUUGACGUUACCCGUGACAUAUUUGUCUGUGCAUCUGUGAUCUGUGUGUAUAAACUUUUUUUUUUUUUCUUAUUGUGUCUUGUUUGUCAUUUAGUUGCGUUUGGAAAUUGCUUCUAUUUAUAUUUAU